AAAAAAAAAAAAAAAACUAAUUUAACGGUGUAAAUUUUUAAACUUUUCCAGUUUUUCCCUCAUAAUUAGCUUUGCUUCUGUUAGACUCUAUUUUGCCUAUAAAAUAAACGUAUAAAAAAAAUCACAAAUUCUACUAAUUGGAUCGAACAAUUUUACAUCGGAAUUAUAAAAGAUGUAAUAAAGUUUUUGUAAUAAUAUUAUGUUUCCACGCGAUUGAUUUGCAAGUAUAUUUCGAAUACUAUAUAUUUCAAACGUAUUCCUGGUCAAAUUUGGACGAUCGUCUAUGCGUGAAUAUUCCGUCGUGUUAGCUACAGUAUAGUCUAUGGCAAACAGAAUUUACUUCAAAACUUGUUUCUAUUCAAGUGCCAUUCACGAAAGCGCAUGUAUAUAGUUGCUGCGAGUUGCACAUGCCAGAUUGAAUAGAGUGUUAAAUGAACAUAACAAGACGAAUGAACUGAUAUAAACGAUCGUGCCGUCUUUAUUGACACGAUUCGUAACAAUUCAAUGAAACGGACCCGUACAUCAAAAAAUAAUCAGUUUCAUUGCGUAAAAAUGUCCUCGGAAUCUUCCUUGAGCGAUGUGCCAACUGUCGUGUCAAGAUUGCACAAUUUACGUUUAGGCCAAGAAGACGGUGAUGGUGAACCUCAACAAAAUGUAAAUCUCGUCACGUCUGGCGAUUCUUCCCAAGAAUCUGUACGAAAUACUCAACCUAUUGGCAAUGUUAUCCUUUCACGUGCCAGGCGUGCGCUUAAUUUCAUUUGCGAUGAAGAUCAACCAACUUCAUCGACAGCAAGAGUUGGAGAAUCCUCGUCUUCGAAUGUUGAUAAUAGGCCUCCGACAAAUGUAGCAAAUACGUUGCAUUUGGAAGGAAGAUCUCAAGAUACAGCUACCUUGGAGAACACAUCUACGAAUGGUCAAGCAACAGUAGCUUACAAUUGGCAGGGUACAAAAGCAACAAUGCGUGAGAGAAUUGUUUUUCUGUUCAAUAAUGAAAUAUUGUCGGAUGUAAGCUUUAUAGUAGGAAGGGGAGCUCAAAAGCAGCGUAUACCAGCCCAUAAACUAGUCUUAUCCUCUGGAAGUGCCGUUUUCGAUGCAAUGUUUAAUGGAACACUUGCGACAGCUUCUUCAGAAAUAGAAGUACCUGAUGUAGAACCUGCUGCUUUCUUGGCAGUGCUUCUUUUUUUAUAUACAGAUGAAAUACAGAUAGAUCCUGAAACUGUGAUGACUACGUUAUAUACCGCUAAGAAAUAUGCAGUGUCUGCUUUAGAGAAGCACUGCGUGGAUUAUUUGAAAAACAAUUUAACCAGUGAUAAUGCAUUCUUGCUUUUAACUCAAGCUCGACUUUUUGACGAGCCACAAUUAGCUGCGGUAUGUUUAGAUACUAUUGAUAGAUUUACUACGGAAGCUUUAAAUGCAGAUGGAUUUACAGAUAUUGAUAUUGAUACGCUAAAAAUUGUUUUGGAAAGAGAUACUCUUCGUGUUAGAGAAUCUAAGAUAUUCCAAGCAGUUUUAAGAUGGUCAGAAGCAGAAUGCAUAAGACAUCGUCUGCCAGUUACACCCGAAAAUCAGCGAUUUGUUUUAGGAAGUGCUUUCUCAUUAAUUCGUUUCCCUUUAAUGUCAAAGGAAGAAUUUACCGCUGGCCCAGCACAAUCUGGACUUCUUAAUUAUUCAGAGGUUCUUUCUUUAUUUUCAUAUUUUAUAUUAAAUCCCAAACCAGUGGUAGGAUUUCAAACAAUGCCACGCUGUUGUAUGACUGGUAAAGAGCAAACUGUAUGCAGAUUUCAACAUACUAAAAGUAGAUGGGGAUAUCACGGGACAAGUGACCGUAUAAGAUUUAGCGUUGAUAGACGCAUAUUUCUUAUUGGCUAUGGUGUCUAUGGUAGCAUGCAUGGUCCGGCGAUAUACGAAGUAUUAAUAGAAUUAAUACAUACUGCUUCUGGAAAAGUGAUUGCUACAAAUUCAAUAAGUUUUAGUUGCGAUGGUUCAAAAUAUACUUAUCGUUUAAUGUUUAAAGAAUUAGCAGAAAUUUUACCAAAUACGAUUUAUACUGCAUCAGCAACAUUUAAGGGUCCUUAUUCUCAUUUUGGAACGAAGGGUUUAAAAACAAUCACGGUGGAUAGUGAUUCCGGGAAUGGAAAAGUUAAGUUUGAAUUUAGUACUGAAACUGGAGAUAAUAAUGGAACCUCUACUGAUGAAGGACAAAUUCCUGAGCUUAUAUUUUAUACUUAAUAACUCAUGUACAUAAUAACGACAUUCCUUUUUAUCAGCUUUAUUGUUUUUCAAUUCUUAUUACAUUAAAUUGCGUUAUAUAACAAAUGUUAUAUGUCAAUUUCUUUGUCAAUUAUGUAUUUUAUUACAAUUGAGUGCAGUGUUUUUAAUAAUGAGCAUAUUUUCUAAGCUUUGUUUCUACUGCAAAUAGAAAGAUGUUUUAUAUCUAAUUGUGAAUAUUGAAAGUGACAUUUGUAGAUUUUAAAAGGGCCUUAUUGGGAGAAGAGACUGAUUCGUGCCACUGAUGUAAAAUUAAAGUUAAAGUAAAUGACUUAUUUUUAAUUAAUUAUCUUAAUGGUUAAUUUCUUCAAAAUGUAAGUUUGAAGAAGAUAGCCAUACAUUGAGUAAGUUACAAAUAUUAAUAUAUUUAUGACUAAGGACAAUCUAUUUUUCUAUUCAAACACUUCAAACAAUAUGUACAUGAGUGGUAUAUUUAUACAUACAAUAGUAAAGCUUUGCAUAAAGGAAUAGAUGGAUUCUUAUUGUCAUUGUUUAAGAAAUUUUUCUGUUUAGCAAUUCUUUUCUUGAGAAAUAUAUAAAAUAAUAUAAAGAAACUCAGUACUCAAAAUUGUUAAUAUUCUGCAUGAAGAAACAGUGUAAUACAGUUUAAAGUUUAACAAAUAUUUUUUAGAAAAAUUAUUAAUAAAAACAUAUAUAACUUUGGUAGAAAGUUAUAUGUAUAUAUAUAUGUAUGUA